GCAGCCGCCGGAGGCGAGGGGAGCCCGCCAGUGUGCGAGUCGCCGCUGUCCUGAGCCGCGCUUCCCGCCCACCGCAGCCCAGACUACCCUAAGCGAGCUCCUGCCCCGCUUCCCACCCCGCACCGCCCGGGCGACGACAGACAGUCAUGGGUUGCUUUGAAUGUUGCAUUAAGUGCCUAGGAGGAGUGCCAUAUGCUUCGCUCGUGGCAACCAUUCUCUGCUUCUCGGGGGUAGCGUUGUUUUGUGGCUGUGGCCACGUGGCACUUACAGGAACUGUGUCUAUCCUCGAGCAGCACUUCUCCACGACUGCCAGUGACCAUGCUUUGCUGAGUGAAGUGAUACAGCUAAUGCAGUAUGUAAUUUAUGGCAUUGCAUCAUUUUUCUUCUUGUAUGGAAUAAUCCUUUUGGCAGAAGGUUUUUAUACAACAAGUGCUGUGAAGGAGCUUCAUGGCGAAUUCAAAACAACAGCCUGUGGCCGCUGCAUCAGUGGAAUGUUUGUUUUCCUCACCUAUGUGCUUGGAGUGGCCUGGCUUGGGGUCUUUGGCUUCUCUGCUGUGCCUGUCUUUAUGUUCUAUAACAUAUGGUCAACUUGCGAAGUCAUCAAAUCUCUUCAGACAAAUGUGACAGUUCCAGGGGACCAGAUCUGCGUGGAUAUCAGGCAAUACGGUAUUAUCCCUUGGAAUGCUGUACCUGGCAAAGCCUGUGGCCCGAUCUUAGAGAACAUCUGCAACACAAAUGAGUUCUACAUGUCUUAUCACCUGUUCAUUGUGGCUUGCGCUGGAGCUGGUGCCACCGUCAUAGCGCUGAUCCACUUCCUCAUGAUACUGUCUUCUAACUGGGCCUACUUAAAGGAUGCCAGCAAAAUGCAGGCCUACCAAGAUAUCAAAGCAAAAGAAGAGCAGGAGCUUCAGGAUAUCCAGUCUCGGUCAAAAGAGCAACUCAAUUCUUACACAUAAAUGUUUUUCCACAGUAAUUCAGCAGAAGAGUUCUGUAGCUCUGACAAAUCAACAAAUAGCUGCUCUGCAGUACCGAUGUGUGUCUACCAAACAAAAUUAGAGAGAAGUGCAAAAGCUUCACAUUCCAGCUCCUGGAACACUUUCAUAGGGAAACCUUCCCGCGGGUAAUCUUCCGUCCUUUUUCACACAGAGAAUGGAGGUUUUAUUCCAGGCAUUUUAAAAGGCAACACUUAAAAUAAGUGACCAAAUUCUUCUUCUUAGAGACUUUUGGUGUUUAAUAUUUGAUGCAUUCUAUCUACAGCAUGACGUCCUACACAAAACCCCCGCAGGUGCUCCAGGCCAGCGGGCAGCAGCUCUCUGUACAGACCUUAAGCAAAAGGCACGUGGGACGGCGCCUGGUUUAAGUCUCUCUUGUAGAAACCAAACGACCCCGUGGCUGGGCAGAGGUUCUGACAGACAGCUGUGAGUCAGUCAGUCAGCUCGGGGCACAGCGCCAGCAGUGCAGUUGCCAGGGUUGCGCCGGGGCUGGUUACGAGCGCUCCCCUCUCAGGCUGGGCUCGUUGAGGAUGCAGCAGCCGAGCAGAUGGGCCCGAGUCCUGCCCCGAGUUUUAACCUUUUUAUUACCUAUUUAACGGAAUGUAGAUCCCCCGGAUCCGGAUAAUGAUCCCCCUCCUUUGAAAAUAAAUGUCAGCUUUGCCUUAAUAUUUAUUUUCUAUAAAUGUCUUUGCAUUUAUAUAGUGGCAAGGAGACCAUUAUCCUACAUUUUAAGUAAGUAAGUGAAAAGUGUUACCUUAUUAAAAUGACACUGGUCUGACUAUUCCAACUGAGCGGAUGAGCCAGGUUCGCAGGGUUUUUACACAGCUAAUAAAUAUUACAGCCAUAAAAGCAGAACACAGGAUGUCCACCUUUCUCUUAUCUUGGUGCUUAGCAAAUUUCUAGUCAGUGCUUACGUGUUUUCCUUUUUACAAAUCGGUUAGAAUAUUAAGAAAACGUGGUGUUCAGAAAAAAAACAAAACCAACAAACUGGUGCCAUCUUAAAAAGUCAUUUCCCAUAGAAGUCUGCCUUCUAAUUAAUGUUUUGGGGUUGUUUUUUUUUCAGAAGCAUUCAGUGAUAUCUUGAGUAUUAGUGAUGGUAUAUUUGGUGUUUGUUCUAUAUGAUAUAUAUAUAAAUAAAUGUUGGGGGUGGGGGGAGAAAGUAAAAAUACAUCAGUUGUUUGCAAAACUACAAUAUUAGAGUCAUACCCAUGUUAAGCUGACGUGUGGUUUGAUAGUUUUUGACUGUUUGCUGAAUACAAAAGGAAGCACAAAUUCCUUCAAGUCAGUAUUAAGAGAGAAGGCAGGU